GUUUUUAUUUUCACAUGUAAAAUCCAAUAUGGCGGUGGAACACUCACUUUAGCGUAGCACUGUGCCUUAAAAUACAAAUAUUUAUUCAAGAGCUGUAAUGUUUAAAAGCUUUGCUAUAUGGAACUGUGUCGCGAUGUGGUUUCCAGUUCACACGAUGUGUUUAAGAGUUCACGCAGCCCGUCAAAGAGGAGCCACUCUUCUGAAGCGUUUAAGGCACCGUGAUGCUAACGUUUCCCCCUCGAGUCAGUCAGCUGGACGCUGGGCUCAGACCUGCCAGGCUCUUAUAUACAGACACCACGGAGACCCGUCACUAGUCGUUCAGUUGGAGGAUGCACCUCUCCCUCCAGCAGGUGCAAAGGAUGUUGUGGUUGAACUGCUGGCAGCGCCGAUAAACCCCUCUGACAUAAACAUGAUUCAGGGCACUUACGCCAUCCUGCCUGACCUCCCAGCUGUUGGGGGUAAUGAGUGUGUUGCUCAGGUCGUAGAAGUGGGCAACCAGGUGAGGGAUCUCAAAACUGGAGACUGGGUCAUCCCUAGAGAUGCCGGUUUGGGGACAUGGAGGACAAAAGCUGUCGUAGCUGAGGAUGAUGUCAUCUCAGUACCAAAUAAUAUUCCCUUGCUCGCUGCUGCCACUCUAGGAGUGAAUCCCUGCACUGCCUUCAGGAUGCUUUCUGACUUUGAAGAGCUCAAGCCAGGGGAUUCUGUGAUCCAGAACGCAGCCAACAGCGGAGUUGGGCAGGCUGUCAUACAGAUUGCUGCUGCAAGAGGAAUAAACACUAUAAAUGUCAUCCGAGACAGGUCAGAUUUCUUACAACUCAGUGAUAGACUAAAGGUCAUGGGAGCCAGUCAUGUGAUCAGAGAAGAAGCCUUGAGGCGCCCUGAGAUGAAGGAGCUGUUCAAGACAUGUCCGAAACCAAAACUGGCACUAAAUGGAGUUGGAGGCAAAAGUGCAACAGAACUUCUCCGUCAUCUACAAGUUGGGGGAUCUAUGGUGACAUAUGGAGGCAUGUCCAAACAGCCAGUGACUGUUCCUGUGAGCGCUCUUAUCUUCAAGGAUGUGAAAGUUCGAGGUUUCUGGGUCACACAGUGGAAGAGAGACCAAUCUCACGAUGGUGAAGCAUUUAGACGCAUGCUGGAUGAGCUGUGCUCCCUCAUCCUGCAGGGGAAGCUCACAGCCCCAGCCUGCACCGAGGUGCAUCUCCAGGACUAUCAGAAGGCUCUGGAAGCAGCCAUGCAGCCUUUUACCUCCACCAAAUAUGUUCUUAUCAUGUAACUACCGAUUUCAUCAACCAAGCCUCUGAAAUGAUGCACUUGAACAUCACAGUGCUUUGAAAAUGUCAGCCAAUCACAGAGCACAAGCUUGCUGUCAAUAAACGUGUCCUCAAGCUCUAA